CACGUGUCAAAAUCUCCAAGGCCAGUUCCUCCGUUCCUUGAUUCUUCACUUUUCUGUCAUACUAUUUCCUUUCUCGACAGUUUCUCGAGAAGCAAACACCUGAAAAGAGAGUCAAAAGUCCCCCUCUGCAUUUACCGAUCCCUAUAUUAGUCACUGCACAGGUCUCCUUCAAUCCCAUCUCCAGCUGCAAGAAUAAUGGCUCAUCACCCUCCGUUAAAGGCCGUUACCUUGACGCACGUCCGUUACCAGAGAGGCGAUCAGCUGGGCCACUUCCUGGCCUGGAUUUCUCUGGUUCCGGUUUUCAUCAGUUUAGGGGGUUUCGUUUCCCACUUCAUCUUUCGACGCGAGCUUCAAGUCAUGUUCUUCGCUCUAGGCCUCCUCAUCUCUCAAUUCAUCAACGAACUCAUUAAGAAAUCCGUACAACAGGCCCGACCCGAGACCUGCGCCCUCCUUGAGAUGUGCGAUUCUCAUGGGUGGCCCUCUAGCCACUCUCAGUACAUGUUUUUUUUUUCUAUGUACUUCACACUUAUGACUUGUAAGGGAAUUGGAUUUUGGAUGGGGGUCAAGAACAGAUGGAGCGUGAGUUCGCUGAACUGGUCUAUGGCUUUGCUCACCAUGUACUCGAGGGUGUAUUUGGGGUACCAUACGGUGGCUCAGGUGUUCGCCGGAGCUACGUUGGGGACGGUGCUUGGCGCUGUAUGGUUUUGGGUAGUGAAUUCUAUUCUAUUUUGCUACUUCCCGGUGAUCGAGGAGAGCGCAUUUGGGAGAAUGUUUUAUAUGAAGGAUACUUCGCAUAUACCCAACGUAUUGAAGUUUGAGUAUGAUAAUGCAAGAGCUGCUAGGAAGGGCGUGGAUUGUAAGUGCGAUUAAUUGAUGAAAUAGUCAACUGGGUCGAAAGCCUAAAUAAGCAUUCUAGGUUUGUUUUCUGUAUUCUUUCUUUUUUCUGGGGUCUAGAUCUGAUGAUUAGCAAAUAUUAUUCGUGUUAUUAGACUUCUCUUUGAAUCUGGAUCUUUAUAACUUGGAUACCGAUGAAGGACUUAGUUUUGGAAAGUGCUUGUUGCUGUAGAAAGCAUCAAGAAAGUGUAAAAGAAAAACAUAAGUUGUUAGGUUAUUUUUGUAUUUAAAAUAGGCAUUGUAUUACAUUAACACGAAACAGAAAAAGGAAAUGUAACUUGAAUUUAUUUUC